UGACACUACACCAUGAGUGACAGUAAAUGUGAUAGUCAGUUUUACAGUGUUCAAGUUGCAGAUUCAACGUUCACUGUACUAAAACGUUAUCAGCAAUUGAAGCCCAUAGGAUCAGGGGCACAGGGCAUUGUUUGGAGCCAUCAAUGCAGUGCCUUGCCAUUAACUGGCAGGACGAGGCAAGUCAGUGUCAUUGUCACUCCAUGGAUUAACCAGGAAGGGAUGCUGUGUGAGGGGUUGGGCUGGCCGUCUCUUCCUUGGUGUGUCACCUCAGCUCUGUGUCCAGCCUCCACUGGCCCAGGACGAGAGAGUCGUUAGUCUGAUCCUGAACCUUAGUCUCUUGUAUGGCACCACACCUCUGGGCCAGCUAAAGUGCUGCGUUUGAUACAGUCCUUGGAAUAAAUGUUGCUGUAAAGAAGCUGAGUCGUCCUUUUCAGAAUCAAACCCAUGCAAAAAGAGCUUACAGAGAGCUUGUUCUUUUAAAAUGUGUCAACCACAAAAAUAUAAUUAGUUUAUUAAAUGUAUUUACACCACAGAAGUCACUAGAAGAGUUUCAGGAUGUAUAUUUGGUUAUGGAGCUGAUGGAUGCCAAUUUGUGCCAGGUUAUUCAUAUGGAAUUGGAUCAUGAAAGAAUGUCCUAUCUUCUUUACCAGAUGCUAUGUGGUAUCAAACAUCUUCACUCAGCUGGUAUCAUCCACAGAGAUUUGAAACCCAGCAACAUAGUAGUAAAAUCAGAUUGUACUCUCAAAAUCCUUGAUUUUGGACUGGCAAGAACGGCGUGUACUAAUUUUAUGAUGACUCCAUAUGUAGUAACACGAUAUUACAGAGCACCAGAGGUUAUCCUUGGAAUGGGCUAUAAAGAAAAUGUUGAUAUCUGGUCAGUUGGGUGCAUCAUGGGAGAAUUGGUGAAAGGUUGUGUGAUUUUCCAAGGCACUGAUCAUAUUGAUCAGUGGAAUAAAGUUAUUGAACAAUUAGGAACGCCGUCAGCGGACUUCAUGAAGAAACUACAGCCUACAGUGAGGAAUUACGUAGAAAACAGGCCAAAAUAUCCUGGUAUUAAAUUUGAAGAGCUCUUCCCAGACUGGAUAUUUCCAUCAGAAUCUGAUCGUGACAAGUUAAAAACCAGCCAAGCUAGAGAUUUAUUAUCAAAAAUGCUUGUAGUAGAUCCAGACAAGAGAAUUUCUGUAGAUGAAGCCUUACGUCAUCCUUAUAUUACUGUCUGGUAUGACCCAGCUGAAGCAGAAGCUCCUCCACCCCAAAUCUAUGAUGCACAAUUGGAAGAAAGAGAACAUGCAAUUGAAGAAUGGAAAGAGUUAAUAUACAAAGAAGUAAUGGAUUGGGAAGAAAGGAGCAAGAAUGGUGUGGUAAAAGAUCAGCCCUCAGAUGCAGCAGUGAAUAGCAACACCAGUCCUUCCCAGUCAUCAUCUAUCAAUGACAUUUCAUCCAUGUCAACAGAGCAAACAUUGGCUUCAGAUACAGACAGCAGCCUCGAUGCCUUGACAGGACCCCUUGAAGGAUGCCGAUGAUCAGCCAGGAUUGCAGACUUAACUUUGGAAAAAGAACUCUCGCUUCCAUUGGGCCUGAAUUGCUUGUAAGUUAAUGGAACAAAACUAGAAAAACUCCAUGUUCUGCAUGUUCUACUAAAGUAAUGCCUGUUUUUAUUUUUACUCAGUUGUUAUGAAACUGCCUGCUUAAUGUUGUAGAACUUAAAGUAAAUCAAUGUCUAAGGAACAACAAAAAAAAAUAAAUUUAGACACUAUAAUAGGCUUUUCUUUUGUUUCAGCCUAUUUCAGGUGAGCAGUUAUAAUAGACUUUUAACCAAUAACUUCUCUUAAAUGGGUUCAUGAAUCUUCAGUACCAAUUGGCAGGCUUUUGUGACAUCAAUGGUUGUUUACAUUUUAGUACAGUGUUGCUCAUUAGUAGGUUUUUUGAAUGUAUAGUGUCUUAUGAAGUUUGUUUGAACGUGUGACUAUGGCAGUUUGCUUUAUUUAACUACUGGAGUGUUGUGUGUAAGUGUUAACUCACAUAUUGAACACUCAGUCUAUAUUUAAAGGGCAGUUAUUUUUACAUAUAGCACUUUUUAUUGAGCCCUUUCUAGCUUCACUUCCUAAUAAUUCUGUCUAUCUUCUUGUAGAAGAGAAAAUGGUGAAGUUUAAAGAAUGUAGCCAUCCCUUCAUAUUUCACCAAUGAGUAUGUCUCAGACGUUCUUUUCAGUUAUUUAAACUGAAGUGGAUGGAAGAUACAGUGGCUUAGUUCAAUCUUAAGGAUGAGUGACUUCUCUGUGAAGUUGUGCCUGUUAAAAGAGGGGAGAGUGCUAAAUUGUUCCGUACAUUCUGUCUUGCAAUACUGGUCCUUUCACAAAAACAAACAGAAAAGGAAAUUACAUCUGUGCUUUUCAUUCAGUGCAAACUCUGGUAAAAGGUGAAUUGGAGAGACUUGCAGCCUAAGUGGCCUGAAAAAGAGCUGCAUAAAUGUUUUCCAUUUUUUAAUGGGUCCAUCUAUCUAGAGAGUAAUUAAGGAAAAAAAUGUGGUAGCUUUAAGUCAUUUGACAAUUAAGUUUAAGUAUUUACUUAAUUAAAUUUAGCUCUAUUCCCAAAUUAGGAAAACCUCUCCAUUUCCUACUGGAGAGGAAAAAUUAAUAUAUUUAAUACGUAUAUAUUUUCUAAAUACAGUGUCAGAGGAGAGGAGCUUAUUUGCUGUUUCAAUGCAGGCUUGUCAAUGCAGUUUUCAGAAUUGUGUAAUACAAACACUGCCUGCACAGUACGUUGAAUUCUUAGAAAAUGUUUGCAGUAGACUAGGGCUUAAAUUACCAGAUGCUACACACUUGUGAAUUUGUGCACAUUCAAUUUAGAGUGCACAGGUGUGUGAAAUUUUGCUAAAGGAUCUUAUGUGUGCAUGUGUGUAUGAUUAAACUAUAUAACUAUAAUAGUAAUAGAUGUCCAAGAUGAGGUAAAACACCACUUUCCUAAAGGCAUUGUAUUUAGCUGUUGAUUCAGAUACUGCUGACUUGAAUUUAAAAAGAGCACUUACAUAACAUACUUGUGCAGCUAGCCACUGCAUUACUGACAUGUCUAGUACAUUCUUGUAAAAGACAAGUGUCCCUUGCUUCUGACCUUAGGGUUUGAAAAGUAGUAACUUUACGCCAAAAUUGCUUUUGUUAAAUUGUAUCCAUGUGUUUUUAACUACUUUAAUUUGGUGUAGCAAAAAUAUUUACUGUCCCAGAAAAGGAAAAUUCAAUGAAGGACUUAAGAUGUUAACUUCAGAAUUUUCAUCUGGAAUUACGAACUUUUUAUUAAAAAAAAAAAAAAAUCAGUUUUAUUGAA